CUACCCUAGAGUGUUCCGGAAGUUGAUAAAUUUCAAGAUGACGGAAGAUAGUAGAACGCUGUGGGUUGGAAAUCUUGACGAAAAAGUCACAGAAGAAAUAAUUUAUGAAUUAUUUUUCCAGACAGGACCCAUUGAUAGACUGGUGUUUCCAACUGAAGGAGAAGGAGACAAUAAGAAGCACAAAGGACAUGCUUAUGUUGUGUUUCGACAUGCAGAAUCUGUUCAGUAUGCCACACAGGUCCUCGAAGGCACGUCGUUGUUCUCACAGUCACUCUCCUUGAAGGCAAGAAGCCUGCCUGUAACAUACAAGAGUCAGCCCUCAUUUUCCAGCAACAAUUCCUCAAAUUUCUCGGCGAACAAGAGCCGAUUUGACAGCAGCUCAUUACGGGGAGGAUUCAACAGACAGUCGGGCUGGCAAGGCCGAGAUGAUUUCUCCCCUCGGGGCAGAGGCGGCUACAGAGGACGCGGUGGCUCCAACUACAAUCAGAACAGUUAUAACUCUGGUUACAAUAAUUACAACAAUCAGAUGAACUCAAGUGGGUGGCUAGGGGGCCAGCAGCAAGGUGGCUCCAACGACGGAGGGAUGGCCUCGUACAACACUAGCGGCAACGACAACCUGCAGGACAAGCGCCAGAGGCUGAUGCAGCAACAGAACAUCACGCUAGACGUGCACCGGCAAGUGCAGCAGCAGCAGCAACAGCAACAGCCAGGCAUGAUGAACGUGAACCCUCAGAUGUACAACAUGCAGCAACAACAGCCACAGCAGAUGCAGCAGCAGCAGCAACAGCAGCAGCAGCAGUGGUCCAACAACGGGUACAACUGGAACAUGGGAGCCAACGUGGGGACGAAUAUGGGCACGGGAGACAUGGCGUCGUAUCAGACGUACAGCACGGACCAGUACAGUACCUGGUACCAGUCGCAAUAACAUCGGCCACUCCGCUGUUGUGUGUGAAAUGACUGUCAAAUAACCUGUCAGAGGGGUAAUGUUGUUUUCCAGCCCUUAUGAAUGAGUGACUCUCAGUAAAUUGAAGUCAUAUAAAUUACAUUUUUUUAAAUUUCGAGGGUAUUCCAUACUUCACUCUUUUCAGGUGUACCAGAUAUCUUUAGGUUUUUGGAUCUAGACUUAAUUAAAUUUUGACUUUGAUUUUACCUAUACAGGUGAUGUACAAAAUAACUUCAUAUAAGCAUAACCAUCACUCAAAAGGUAACUUGUGAUAAAUCAAAUUGAACAAAAUUGAAUGAGAAAUACAUUCAGACAUAAAACAAGGAUUAAUUUUGAACAUAAGCAUGCAUUACAAGGGUUAAAAUGGGUGAUGGUGAGGAGAAAAUUAAAGUUUGAUUUUUUUUAAAAAGCAAGUCAGCAUAGCUAUCUAAUCACAUACAGGUGAGGAAUAUAAUUCUCACAUUUUUGAAUGCACAGUUUUUUAUUUGAAAGCAAUAUUCCAAUUUUUGUUUGAGUUAUGAUAUUUCUACUCAGUCCAGUUACGUCGCCCUGUUGAUGCUAGACUGCAAGAAUGAAUUCCCUCGUUUAUUGCCAAUCUGAUGCUUUGACAAAGAGAAACUAGAUGUUUUUGUUUCAUAAAUCCUUUUCAAGUUUUCAAGUAGCAAUAAUAAGUCCUUUUUAAUCACGGAUCACGUUAAUACGAAACAAAACUUUGACGAUACAUCCUCACUAGGUGCAGACUCUUGCCAAUAUAUCGGCAAUAUGUCCGGAAAGAGUUACGAAAUUGUUGGAAUGGAAGCAGUUAAAAAAAAAGAAAGCAUUGAUUAUCAUCUUUCAUUGAAGAAUACUUUGCAUAAAGCAAAAAUGCUUGUGUUGAAAUGAGAACUGGCUCGCUCCAUUACCUCUUUUAACUGUUUUGACAGAUUUGAGAAUAAGUUACUGUGAGAGGUUUUCUUGGAAUUGGGUCACAUGUUGGUGUAAAUUGUGCGAGAGUUCUGGCUUUGCCUUGUACGUUUUUGUUUUGUUUUAUUUGUUCUUUUCUGAAAAUGUGUUUAUUCUCAUAACGAGAGAGAGAGAAAAAAACGUGAGAAAAGCGAAAAAGGAAAAGCCGAACUAUGUUUACCAAAUUUAUGAAUGUUGGAAUGACGGUUCAGUAAUUUUAGAUUGCUGGAUUGGUGACCAUUUGGUUAUGAGUUCUACCCCUGGCAGAACAAUGUGUUCUGAUUCCUUGGGACAGACACAUUUUCCUGAAUUUUUUCCUCCCUUUCUAGGUGUGAAUGUUGCAAUGUGGAGAAUGUGGACGAUGAAAAAAAUUAUUACACUUCACUGAAGCUUUGUGCCCUUUGACCAUCCAUCAUUAUUUUUCAUGUUCACACAUCCUGUAAAUAUGUGAAUACUGCAAGUGUAUAUAUUGGGAGGGAGGUCAAAACGCAUUUUUUAAAGAGUCUGAAACAUAACAGGAAUUUGGUCCAAACAUUAUUUGAUUUUUGUCAUGUUUGCAGCUUUUCAGCCAAAGGUUACCGGCCUCUGUGGUGUAGUGGUUAGGGGCUUUGCUGUCGCAGGCAGAAGACCAAGAGUUCGGUUCCUGAGUGGGGUGACAGUUUUUACUAAGUAUCUCAAGUAUCCCUCUCAGCACGGGUUGGCCUCGACAGGCAGGGUCUGCAGCCUGCUUCCAAAUUGAUCUAAAUUGUGUCGAUGGGGUCGUAAAAACACUUACAUUAAAAGAUAAUUUUUUUUGGGGUGAAAGCUUGAAAGUAAAGAAAACCCCAUUUUGUCCGUCUCUUGUUAGUGGGUCAAAAAAGAUUUCUACAGUUUGUAGUAAAAUGAAAAGAAGUCUUCAGUUGUGCAGCUACUCGAAGCAAAACGUCUUUGCUUGUUCUCACUGUGAUGUUUGUAAUAACUUCAGGAAGGUGCCAUUGUCCAAUGAUUCGAAUGCACUUUCAGUUCAUGGCUACUAUUAAAAGCUCUUUGCCUUGCUGGAGUGGAGUCAUGAGCUGUCAUUUUAUUCUUUCGUGUGUUUUUUGUUUUUGUGAAAAUGUAUGUUUUGUUGAUACCCUCUUCUAGAGAUGAACAGAAGUCCCUAUGCUGCUGGGAAGUUUGAUCUAUUUUAGAUUUUUAAAAACUCAGGUCCUAUACUGUUCUUCUAUUGUUAAGAUGGCCACUUUUCUGGAAACUUUUAGAAUGCCAGGAAUAUGAAAUUUCCCUUAGUGUUUUUUGUUCUUUUAAAAUUUCAAAGCCAUGUCUAUUCUUGUUGUGUUGUCUUGUGUUCUUUUUGCAAGAGAUGCAAUCCUGUUAGCUUUGCUAAUUUUACUAGAAUUAAAUGACUAUGUGCUGACAAAUUAAGUUAAUUCUCGCAAUUUAGGAAUGCGGAUAUCCGUCAAAAUUCGACACUGGUGUCAAAUUUAUGGAUUUUCGACGUUUGUCAUUGUCUUCAAGUUUAACAUGUGUUUUAAUAUUUCGUUCCAUUAAAUUGUUCAAACUCAGCCUAUAAAUUUGGUUUAUAAAUGCACAUCUAUCAGGCUAAAAUCUGAGAAAUAACUCAUUUUGUCAUCACGUCUUACAAAGGCUGCAAAACUGUCUUUUGUCCUCUUUUGUCUCCGGAUGUUUUUUUUUUAAUCUAAGUGAAGAUGCAGAAAGCUAACGUGCCUGAAGGCAGUGAGUUGAGCAAGGUGGGACAGGCCAUUAAAAAAAAAAAAUCGCUGCUCGAUCCUCCAAUCUUGUAGUCUGACAGUUUAAUUGGAACUUAAACUGUGGAUGUUGUUCAUACACUUAUUAUGUGUUUUGUUUUUCCCUCCAUGAGUUCAUGUAAAGCCAUGUAUAUACAUUUAAUAUAUAUGUCUCAUUGGCGUCUUCUUUUUGAUAAUAAAAAGCAGAGGAUGUGUGCCCAUCAUUUUA